AUGGAUUUAUACCACUACCUAUUUAAAUUCAUUAUAGUGGGAGAUGCUAGUGUAGGAAAGUCUUGCAUACUUCUUAGAUAUACUGAGAAAUAGUUUAGAGAUGAACAUGACACGACAAUAGGAGUGGAAUUUGGAUCAUAAGUCCUAAAGAAGAAUGACAAAACAUUGAAAAUACAAAUCUGGGAUACUGCUGGUUAAGAAUCCUUUAAAUCAAUAACAAGAUCAUAUUAUAAAGGUUCCAUUGGAGUGCUCUUGGUCUUUGAUAUUACCAAUCCAGAUUCUUUUCAUAAUGUCUAAAAGUGGUAUAACGAUGUAAAUGAACAGGCAGCGUCCAAUUGCACAAUUGUAUUGGUUGGCAAUAAAACAGAUCUUGAAUCAUAACGUAUGAUUACAACAAACGAGGGAAAGGCCUUGGCAGAUUAAUAUAAGAUGUAAUAUAUUGAAACUUCUGCUAAAACCAAUUAAAAUAUUGAUUUGCUCUUUGAAACCACAGCUUAGUAAAUCUUAGAUAAAAUUGAUAAGCAUUUAAUUGAUUUUGCAAAUGAAGAUAGUGGCAUUAAAUUGGGAACAUUUUAUAAACAAGCCAAACAAGGGGGUAAGGACAAGGACGAUGAUUGUAAGUGUUGA